AUGAAUAAAUUAAACAUUAAUAAUGUGAGCUCAAGGAAGUUAGAAUUAUUUUAAAAUAAUGCUUUAAAAUUUAUAAAUACUGAAUCAAAUGAUUAAGAUCAAGUUGUUCCAUUUUAUUUUAAAAGUAAGAAAAACUUUAAACUAAAAUUGCCAUCUCUUUAAGUAAGUAGAAUUAUGAUUGGAAAUGAGAGUACUAGUAAUGAAAUCUAUUGUUAGAACAAUAAAUUUGGUAGAAGGAAACCUUUUGAAUCUCCAACUUUAUCUUAACCAUUAUUAAAUAUGCCUGAUCUAUAAAUUGAUAGUGAAUUAAAAAGAAAAAUUAGAUAAAAAUGUUUAUUAAAAAAUGUUCAUAGAAUCACCUUGCUGCAUAAAUAAAAAUGA